AUGGACAAGCAGAACCUAACAGUAGUGACUGAGUUCAUUCUCCUGGGAAUCACAGACCGGCCUGAGCUGCAGGCACCAUUAUUUGGGCUCUUCCUCACCAUCUACAUGCUCUCUCUGGUGGGCAACUUGGGCAUGAUCGUCCUCACCAAGAUGGAUGCCAAGCUACAAACACCCAUGUACUUCUUUCUCAAGCACCUGGCUUUUACCGAUCUCGGGUAUUCAACAACGGUGGGACCGAAAAUGCUAGUAAAUUUUGUUGCGGGAAAAAAUACCAUCUCCUUUUGUCUUUGUGCCACACAGUUGUCUUUUUUUCUGGUGUUCAUUAUUAGCGAACUCUUUAUUCUGUCGGCAAUGUCCUAUGACCGCUACGUGGCCAUCUGUAACCCCCUGCUCUACACAGUGGUCAUGUCACAAAGGGUAUGUAUGGUGCUGGUGGCCAUUCCCUAUCUCUACAGCACAUUUGUCUCUCUUCUAGUCACCAUAAAGAUUUUCAAACUAUCCUUUUGCGGCUACAAUGUUAUCAGCCAUUUCUACUGUGACAGUCUCCCCUUGUUAUCUUUGCUUUGCUCAAAUACGAAUGAAAUUGAAUGGAUCAUUCUGAUCUUAGCAGGGUUUAAUUUGAUUUUCUCUCUUCUGAUAGUUGUCGUGUCUUACAUGCUUAUUCUUGUGGCCAUUCUCAGGAUGAACUCUGCUGAGGGGAGGCACAAAGCUUUUUCCACCUGUGGGUCCCACUUGACAGUGGCCACUGUGUUCUAUGGGACCCUAAUAUUUAUGUAUGUGCAGCCCAAGUCCAGCCAUUCCUUUGACACUGAUAAAGUGGCUUCCAUAUUUUAUACCCUUGUUAUCCCCAUGUUGAAUCCCUUAAUCUAUAGCUUGAGGAACAAAGAUGUAAAAUAUGCACUACAAAGGGUGUGGAAAAAAAUUUACAAUUUUUUUUCUUAA